UUCAGUACCUUUCAUGCUGAUGUUGUUUAACCACUUGAGCCUGAAGUAUUCUCCAAUGUAGUUAAAUGUAGAUGACUUCAAGUGUUCGAAUUGCGCUGUCGCGUCCUUUGACACGCUUAACCGUUUACGAAAACGAUUUCGCCACCUUUUUGCUAACAUUUUGAUCAUUUUACCAUGCCAGAUAUUUACAAAAAAUUCAGAAAGUUACGUCGAAGGCGACAUACUCGCACUUAGUAACAAUUAUAACGCGAAAGUGUGUGAACUACAAAAACUAAGAUAGUGCCGUGUAUCCAUCACAUAUAUUUGCUUUAUUGAUAUUUUGAGUGUCACAGGCCUUGUGGUGCCUAUGCAUAUCUUGAGAAUUUGGACGGUGUUCUAGAUUAUUUUAAGGAUAUAAAGUUUCUUGUAUUUGGUUGAAUCAUUUAGUAGACACUAUGUCAGAAAUAGUUUACCCGCAAGGGUGCAGAUCAGUUACAGAAGAUCUGGGUCCAGAUGAACUUAUUAGAAGAUUGAAGACAUUAGCUCAUACGUUACAAGCAAUGGGACAAGAUGAAGGAAUGUAUCAGCAGUACAUACCACUUGCGUUACAUUUGGCAGAAGAGCAUUUUCUAAUGCAUCAGAGUAAAGAUGUUCAACUUCUGAUUGCUUGCUGCAUUGCUGAUGUUUUAAGGGUUUAUGCACCUGAAGCUCCAUAUAAAGAUGCAGAACAAGUCAAAACGAUAUUCUUAUUUCUGAUUAAACAGUUAGCUGGGUUAAAAGAUCCUAAAGAUCCUGCUUUUAAAAGAUAUUUUUAUCUUUUAGAAAAUUUGGCAUAUGUGAAAUCAUUUAAUAUGUGUUUUGAGUUAGAAGACUGUCAGGAAAUUUUCUGUGCACUCUUUUCUCUUAUGUUUAGGAUAGUAAAUGAUGAACAUUCUGGGAAAGUCAAAAGUUUUAUGUUAGAUGUAUUAUGUCCACUUAUUACAGAAUCAGAUAUUGUUAGUAACGAACUUUUAGACAUUAUACUUAUGAAUAUUGUAGAACCAAACAAAACACAAAAGAAGAAUGCAUAUUUACUUGCAAAAGAGCUAGUGAUUAAAUGUAGUGAUACAUUAGAACCAUACAUUCAAGCAUUCUUUAAUCAUGUUUUAAUUCUGGGUAAAGAGGAAAAAAGUUUACAAAUCUGCAAAAAAGUAUAUGAUUUGAUUUAUGAGUUAAAUCACAUAUGUCCCAGCGUCUUGCUGUCCGUCCUUCCACAGUUAGAAUGUAAACUAAAAUCUUCUUCUGAAACUGAAAGAUUGGGUGCUGUAGCAUUAUUGGCAAGAAUGUUUUCUGAAAAAGGAUCUCAGUUAGCUGUGCAGCAUACGCAGUUGUGGCGAGCAUUUUUGGGAAGAUUUAAUGAUAUCAGUGUAUCAAUUCGUAUAAAAUGUGUGCAGUAUUCAAUGCAUUUUUUACUGAAUCAUCCAGAACUAAGAAAGGAUAUUACUGAUACCUUAAAAUUAAGACAGCAUGAUGCAGAUGAAAGUGUUCGAUAUGAAGUUGUCAUGGCUAUAGUGACUACUGCCAGGAGGGAUUUUGAAGUUGUUUCAGACAGUGAAGAUUUAUUAGAAUUUGUUAAAGAGAGGACUUUGGACAAAAAGUUUAAAAUCAGAAAAGAAGCAAUGGCAGGAUUGGCAAUGAUAUACAAGAAACAUUUGAACGAUGCAGAUGUACCACAAGCUACAAAAAAGGCUGUCACUUGGAUAAAGGACAAAAUAUUGCAUGGUUAUUACAUGGCAGGAAUGGAAGAUAGAUUACUAGUAGAGAGAUUGUUAAAUACCUGUUUAGUUCCUUACCAACUGCCAGCUGGUGAAAGAAUGAAGAAAUUAUAUCAUCUAUUAGGUACAAUCGAUGAUCAUGCAUCUAAAGCAUUUGUGGAACUACAAAAACAUCAGCUUGCUGUACGACGGGCAGUAGUUGAAUGGCUAGAAAUUGUAAAAAAACCGGAUGCUGUUGUUGAACUGGUGGCUAAAAUUCACCAGAUAUCCCGCUUUUUACCAGAUCCUAUGAAAGUUCAAGAAUUUUUACAAAAAUUCAGUGCUCAUAUGAGGAAAGAUUCAGCAUUGUUGCAAGGAAUGGAAACAAUAGUGCAGCCAAAUGUCUCUUGUAAAGAGUGUGCAGAUACAAUAAGUAUGGUUUUGAAAAAGUUAGGUCAACCUGUCAUGACAAACUUAUACUACAACACAAUAAAGAUGUUGUUAGAAAGAGUAAGUUCUGUCAUGAUUGAUGAAGAAGCAAUCAGGGUUUUAAUCGGAUAUGUAUUAGAUUGUUUAAAAGGUGGUAACGUAAUAGAAGAAGUUGGGCUUAAUCCAAAUAAUGCAGGCGAAAAAGGUCUAAGACUGCUUGUGAUGCUAUCAUUUGUAUUUGGUCCACAUUUUCUUCACAAUGAUAUCUUGAUGCAACUUGUCCAUCUUUUAGAAUUGGAAGAUGAAAUGGUAGCUCCAUUGGUACUUUCAAUAUUUACAUUUUUAGGAAAAUAUAAGCCUUUGUGUGAUGUUGCACCAGAUAUUAUGAACCUUAUGGUUCCAAUAUGUAAGAAUUUCGCAGAAACGGGAACACCAAAACAAGCAAAGCAAGCUAUCAGGUGUUUAUUUGUUAACAUGACCAAUAUACACGAUACAAUUUUUCCUGAAAUCAUUGAAAGAAUUAAAAAUAGCCUUACACCAAGUUCAGAAUAUUAUAGAACAUCUAUAGUUACAUUAGGUCAUAUAGCUUAUAAUUUACCAGAAAAGUAUCAAGUACAAAUAAAAAAUAUGGUGUCUAGAAAAAUAGUCAAAGAAUUGUUAGUAAAAGAAAGCAGUGAACAAACUUCUGACACCAUUGAAGGAGAUUGGUGCAGAGAAGAUCAAUUACCUGAAGAAACACGUUGUAGGUUGGAGGGAUUAAAAUGUAUGGCACGCUGGUUGUUAGGAUUGAAGACUGAUGUUCUCUCUGCGCAAAAAACAUUUAGAAUGUUGAAUGCAUUUGUAGUAAACAAAGGAGAUCUUUUACAACAGGGCCGUUUAAGUAAAGCAGAAAUGAGCUGGCUACGAUUACAAGCUGGUUGUUCAAUGCUAAAAAUUUGUGAACAGAAAGGUGUUGGUGAUCAAUUUACAGCUGAACAAUUUUAUAAUCUUUCACAACUCAUGGUGGAUGAAGUUCCACAAGUAAGGGAAGCUUUUGGUAGUAAAUUACACAAAGGACUUGGAAGGGGAAUUCCCAAUAAAUGCUUGCCAUUAGAUUUUAUGGGCUAUUAUGCUCUUGCUGGCAAAGAACAAGAUAAAAGACUAAAAUGCGUUUUAAAAACGUACAUGCAAACCGACAUAAAUAAAAGAAGGGAUUAUGUAAAAACACUGUCUUUGGGUACAGUGGAGAGGGCCAUGGGUAAGAAACUAAAUAGUCAACUGCCACACAUUCUUCCCGAUUAUAUGUUAGUGUUUGCAGUCCCUAUUCUUGCACACGAUCCUGAAUUCACAAGUCAUCUAAUGAUUAAUCAGUUAAAAGUGAUACAACAGUGUCUGUGGUUCAUAUUAGAACCUCUUAUAACAAAAAACGAAUAUUAUUGUUAUGGCUUUUACAAAAAUUUAAUAGAACGAAUGAAAAGUCAUAAAGAUGCUUUAAAGCCUGAAGAUAACAACAUGAACUAUAAAUUGUGGGCUGUUUGUGACUUGGCUAUGAAUGUAAUAUAUACAAAAACAACAAAUUUCGACAUGAAGGAAUUCCCAAGUGAAACACGGAUUCCCACAAUGUACUUUAAACGUGCAGAUGAACUGAUAGCUAACACUAGGAAUUAUUUACCUGCUGAAAUGCAAAUAAACAUGUCGAGCCCUAAGGGAAAAGUUUCACUUCACAAUGCACAUUCUGUUAGUGAAAGACCACAGCGUAGAGCUAAGUCCAAGCAACAAAAGGAAGUGGGCAUUGGGCCGAAUGAAACUGAUGCAAGGCUGCAAAUUGGAGAAGUGGAAUGUAUUGAUGCACAGCCGGCAGAAGCAUCAGAAACUAGAAUUCAAUUACCUGGAUUAGAGGAAGAAAUCGAAGAACCACCGGCAAAGAGGGCAUUAAGAGAAUCAGAUAAAGUAAAUAAAUAAUUAAGUGAAUGGAUUGUAUUGAAGAGGAUGCUAGGAGUAGGGGAAAGACUUAAGAGACGUGAUGAUCAUAAGAAUUAAAGAGUCUAAAGAACUUUACAAAUUAGAAAACAGAAUAUUUUGGUUAUGUACAACAAUUAAUAAACAUGUCGUUCGCGUAUGUCUAGACAGUAAGAUGUUAAGAUAAUGAUACAUUAACGUCAAAUAAUUAAUACAUGUAAGCUUACGACUCAAAAACUUUUACAAGGUUACAUCGCAUUGGUAAAUAAUUAAAAAUUAAGUAUUUGACCAUCUCGAAAAUGUUUUCUUUUGACGAUAAAAAGAAGCAUAAAAUUAUUUUCUUUUAAUUUUUUAAUAUAUUAACAAAAUUAAUGGCAUAUUCGAUAACAUAAAAGUGAUUCUUUUCAAAUUUACAAAUGUAUGAUAAACAUCUUUUUUAUAAAACUUUUGAAAAAUGUUUCUCAAUUGAAGGUCUUUCUUCCUUGUGAAAUAUCUGACAAUUGUUGUAUUGUUCACUUUUGCAUUAACGAAUAUAAAUAUUUGUACUGUCACAUAAAGUUUUCUUCACAGCUGAAUGAAAUUAUAUACAAAACUUUUGUUACGAAUAAUUUCUAAACAAUAAAAUCUAUAUAUAUCAUCACAUAUAACUGUAGUUUUCAGUAAAAAAAAGGUAAUGGAGAACAAGUUUUAUUAUAAAAAGUAUGUCGAGGUAAUAAAAUACAUUUGUACGCAGAAGAGAACAACAUAACGUUGUUGGAUUUCUAUAAACAUCGUAUUCUAGAUAAAAGGGUGGGUGUGUCAAUUGGCUUUGCGAUCCAAAGUUGUUUGUUUCUAUUAAUCUGAUUAUCAUUAUUAUUCUUAAUAUUAUCUUAUUGCUAUUAUUAUUAUUAUUUUAUUAAAGAAAUUACGUCGUUUUCAUGACCGCUAUUUUCUAAUAAGACAUGUAUUGUUUGAUAAAACUAUCUCGUUUAUAUUUUAAUUUUAAAAUUAACUUAAAUGAGAUUUGGUCAGCGCACGACCACUAAUUUAUUUCAGACAAGGUGACCUUAUAAAUACUUCAAUAGUAUCUAAUACAUGUAUACUUAUAAAUAUAUCUUUGAUAAAUAGUGCGCAUUAAUAUAAAAAGUUUUGUUAUACAAAAAUAAUGAGAAUACAGUAUCAAUCUGAUAACUGAUUGAAGUUUAUUAUCCUCGUGUGUGGCAGUUAUUCCCGUACUACUGUCAUUAUUGUACAUGCAUUACAAAAUACUUCCGUAUUAUUUCAAUUCAAAUUUGUAUCCAGAGAUUACAAAAAACAAAGUAAAUAUUCUUACUUCAUGUUUCCCAUGUUAUUUGAUACCAUAUGUUUUAAAUAUGUAUGUUCAGUUAUAUCUUUGUUUAUUUUAAAUACAUUACAUUCAUAUGAUUAAUUUUCAUAGUAACAUUUCUAUACAAUUAGAAUCAGUAAAACUAGAUAAAAAAAAAUCAGUAAAAUAAUUUUUGUUUACUAUAUAAAAUUUUAGAACGUAGUUGGGUACAAAUUUGAAUACAAUUAAAAUAAUUUAAAAUGGGCCUAGGUUUUAUAAAAUUUCCUUUUUCAACAUUAGAGUUCUUAGCAUUAAGCAGUAAAUUGUAUUAAAUUUUAAGACGAGAGUAAACAUUGUGUAUGAGGCUGUGAAUGGUGACGAAUGCUUGAAUCUUAUUAUAUAAACAUUAUAGAAUUAACACAUACCUAUUACCUCUUCAUUGAAAUUACAGUACAAUGCAAAUUUUUGCAGUUUUCAAUCUUUUUUCCAACAUUCAUACAGAUACUCUGUACUUUUCAUUUAUAAAUUAUUGUUUCAUAAUCCAUUACUCAUGCAUAUACUGUUAUACUGUUUAAAAUUAAUAAAAUCUUAUUGUAUAUUUCUUUACGUUGCAAAUUUAUGCUGAUAUAAGACAUAUUAUAUUGUGUUCUAUGCUAUUAUUGUAGAAAAUAUGUUUUCGUAGGCAUUUCGUUGCAUGGUACUGCAAUUUUUUCAAACAGGUUAUAGACUACAAAAUAUACAUAUUCUGACGAAAAAACCAAUUAAUCAGUGCUAUUCAUCUGUCAAUCUGUGAGACGUAAGUGACGCAUUGUAACGGUUCUAUAAUAAAACAAAUUAAAUAAAA